GGCGUUCCAUGUGUGGUUCCUGGUGUUUGCAGUAGAUGCCCUCCCUGUGGCCCCGGGGGAAGGAAAACAGCUGUGAAUCCCAACCUGCCUCAUCUGGGUGGAGGCUAUGAGCACCGUUUGUUUGCAAAUGUGUUUGCAAUUGGAAGUUCAGGCUUCACCCGGGAUUGAAUCCUCGGACAGAGCAGGAGAGGCAAGGGGACACGGCUGUCUUGCAGAUCUUCAGGUAUGGGUCUCUGGCAGCUGCUCUUUACCCUAGCAUUGACAAGCUCAUACGAGGCCGUUUCUUGGAGCAGGGAUUCCGCCAACACACCUCAAUUCAUCAAGUGCCGUUCCCCGGAACUGGAGACCUUUUCAUGCCAUUGGACGGGUGGCGGAGCCCAGCCCGGUUUUAGGGAAUCAGGAGCCGUUCAGCUUUUAUACAAGAAAAGGAACGAAGAAUGGAAAGAAUGUCCCGAUUACGUCUCCGCUGGAGAAAACAGCUGUUAUUUCAAUAAAACCUACACGUCCGUCUGGAUCCCCUACUGCAUUCAGCUGACCGUGGCCGCUGGCUUAGUGGACGAAAGGUGUUUCACCGUUGACGAUAUCGUGCAGCCCGACCCCCCCGUGGGACUGAACUGGACGCUGCUGAAUGACAGCUUGACGGGGGUCCACGCGGACAUCCAGGUGCGCUGGGAGCCUCCGCCCAACGCCGACGUCCAGAAGGGAUGGAUCAUCCUAGAGUAUGAGCUGCAGUACAAGGAAGCCAACGAUUCCCACUGGAAACGGCUGGAGCCCGUCCGCACGACAUACAUCCCCUUGUAUUCCCUGAAGGUGGACAGAGAGUAUGAAAUUCGAGUCAGAUGUAGACAACGGACCUCUGAGAAAUAUGGGGAGUUCAGUGAGACCCUUUAUGUGGCUCUUCCCCAGAUGAGCUCACUUCUUUGUGAGGAAGAUAUCCAGUUCCCCUGGUUUUUGGUUAUCAUCUUGGGAAUAUUUGGGCUGACUGUGCUGUUUUUCAUACUCGUUUUUACUAAGCAGCAAAGGAUCAAGAUGUUGAUUCUCCCUCCGGUUCCGGUUCCCAAGAUUAAAGGGAUCGACCCAGAUUUCCUAAAGAAAGGGAAGCUGGAAGAGGUGAACACGAUUUUAGCCAGCCACGACAGCUACAAACCUGAAUUUUACAACGAUGACUCCUGGGUGGAAUUCAUCGAACUGGACAUCGACGACCCCGAAGAAAAGACCGAAGGAUCGGACACGGACAGACUGCUGAACGACGACCAUCUGAAGUCUCUCAACUGCCUCGGGGCCAAGGAUGACGACUCAGGACGAACUAGCUGUUAUGAGCCAGACAUUCUGGAGGUAGAUUUCGGUGCCAGUGACACGGGCGAUCUGUCCUCAGAGGCGGCCCAGAUGCCGAAAACCAAGGAGGAAGGGGAUCUCUUGUGCCUCGACCAGAAGACCGACGACGACGCGCCUUCCGUUUUGAGCACCCCGGACUCCCCGGAGCCCCGCGACCCCCUCUCACCGGUCAGUUCCAAGCCAAGACCACUUUUGAUCGACGGCGUCGAGUCGAAGAGCCCACCGGUCCACUCUCAGCUGAGCAACCACAGCUCACUGGCCAACAUCGACUUUUACGCCCAGGUAAGCGACAUCACUCCAGGAGGAAGCGUCGUCCUUUCUCCGGGGCCGAGAAACAAGGCGGGGCGAACGCGGUGUGAUGCGCUGCCAGAAUCCACCUCGCUCGGUAGACCCAACCCCACCACGGACAACGCCUACUUCUGCGAGGCGGACGUGAAAAAGUCCAUCGCCGCGGCCCCUCCCAAAGGGGCAGAGCCACCCGUGGCACCGAGGUGCCCUCAGGAGGAUGUGUAUUUCACCACAGAAAGCCUUACCACUACUUCUGUGAGCUCCGGAAUGCCAGCAGAAGCCUCAAACCCUGAGACGCCCGUUCCGGACUAUACCUCCAUUCACAUCAUUCAGUCACCGCAGGGCCUCGUGCUCAACGCCACUGCCCUGCCAGUCCCAAACAAAGAAUUUCUCACAUCGUGCGGCUACGUGAGCACAGACCAACUGAACAAAAUUCUGCCUUAGCCUCUUGUUUUCUCCGCGCAGACGUAUGUAGCUGCACAGUGUUGGCUUGGUCUCGUACCCAAACGACGCUUCAACCUUUGUUUUGUCUUUAUGUUUUGUGUGUGUGUGUGGUUCUUUAUGCUUUCUCCCGAAACAUUGAAACACGACGGAAUAUUAAUCCCACAAUUCCUCUUGUGCCCUGUAAAUAUUUUUAAGAGUCGUCUCCGAAGACUGUGUAGUAGCGGUGAUUGUCUUGUUAUCGUGGGUGUUGAUUUCGUGAUACUAAGCAUCGAAUGACAGUGUUUUUAAUGUACAGUAAAUCGUGCUUUUCGAAAAAGCUAAAAUCAGGGGGUUUUGCAGUUCAGGAGAAUCUAAUGCAAAUCGUACCGUUCGCUGAGGUUUUUUUUACCAGUAAUUGGAAAUUAAAGUUAAAUAGAGGUGGGGAAGCAAAAAGUAGUUUGGGUAAGUCAAACAUUUAUUUUAACAUACAAAUUAAUAAAGCUAUUUUAAUAUUCUAGACAUAAAGCAUGCCUGUUUUAUAUUACACUACACACUGUGUACUGUAUUUUGAUUACAAUGAUCCCUCUGAAGAAUGUAGUCGCUGUUGUGAGACUGACGCCGAUUUCUGCCUUAGUCACGGCGACACCAUAGAAAGCAAAAAAAUGAAUUAGUUUUUUACAGUGCCAUUUUUACACCUCCCAAAAUAUCCAGAGAAAGCUCGGAAGGGAUUUUAGUGACUUGCAUUCUUAGAUCACCAGACUUCUAAUGCUAGAUCCGUAAGUUCCAGUUUUGAAGCAAACGCAAGCUUUACUGAACACUUAUUCGAGGGUGGGGCGAGGGAAUCAAUCCUUCGCUGAAUUCAGGCUGUGCCAAUCCAUUUAGAUAGAAAAAGUAGCAGAAAUAAACACUACAGUCGGGGUGGUUUUGAAGUUCACAAAGGUAAUAAAAAUAAGCUCUGGACACUUGGUAGCAGUAUAUUUUCUUAUAGAAGCCGAGUCGCUCCAUUAUUUUCGUGGGCCGGUCAGGUCCCGAUAAAGCCUUUUGUAUGUUGAAACAGGAUGAAUGAAGUUAAUAGGGGACGGGAAAGGAGAGAGAUGCGGAUCAAGAGAUAUUCUUUCGUUUUCCAGCCUACACCAGACACAUACAGUCAAGCUAGCCUGUAACCCAUGUAAUCGGGACCAGUUUCAAGUCACCGAUGAUCCAAACACUCAUUUUAGGCAAAGACUCUGAGUUUCUCCCCAUCCAACUUUUACUGGAAGUUUACCGACUUCCAUCUCACAGGCCUCAGUUUUCCCCAGUCAAGAGAAAAUACCAGCAUAGGAAAAUGUCCGCAAACCAUAUUACAAGAGAGAGAAGUCAUACCUCAAGCUAAAAUGACCUACAUUCGUCAACCAAUGAGAAAAUGGGAAUGGCCUCGGCAAGAUUAACUUUACAGUAUUCAAUCAGUGGUAUUUAUUGAGCGCCUACUGUGUGCAGACACUGAACUAAGCACUUGGGAGAGUACAAUAUAAAAGAGUCGGUAGACACGUUCCCUGCCCAUAACGAGCUUACGUAAGGCCUAGAGACGAUAAACAGUUUUUGCCCGUGUAGCACAAACAUUUAUGGGCUACAAUCAGGGACUUAGGUUUCCCUUUAUCCUGAAGGAACAGUCAAUAGUGGAUUUGAGUUUUAGUAGUUCACCGUGUUCCUUUUCUGUAACUGUUUAUUAGACCUUCUGCUAACUUGCUGCUACAGUUUUCUAACGGCUGCGUUAUUUAGUUUCACGUAAAAUUUCAUAAGUGUAAAAUUAUUUCAGUUACAAGCUCUGUAUGUGUUUGGAAAAAGUCUCCUACUAUAUUACUACAGGCUGAAAAAGUUUCUAUAGCCAAAAAUAGUUAAAUACCUCAAUCAAUCUCAGAAUGUCAUUUUGGUACUUUACUGGUUACGCAAGCCAUUACUCAUCACUAUGAACAGUUGUGACUUUCGGUUUGUAUUUAACUUCCUUUAUGUCUGUGGAUUUUUUUCCUUUCAAAAUUUAAUAAAUUUAUUUUCUUGGA